CUGUGCGCACCGGCACGGAGAGGACCCGAGGCACUUUCUGCUGCCAGCGCCCGGAGCGCCGCUUCUCGGUGUCUGUGGCGGCUUGGACAGCGGCCAGGGAGACCGCGUGGUGCUCAAGUGCGCAGAACUGCACCAUGGACGCACUCACCGAAGCAAAUGGCACCUUUGCCAUCCGUCUUUUAAAGAUACUAUGUGAAGAAAACCCUUCACACAACGUGUUUUUUUCUCCCCUGAGCAUCUCCUCUGCCCUGGCCAUGGUCUUCCUGGGGGCAAAAAGAAACACCGCUGCCCAGAUGGCCCAGGCUCUUUCUUUAGACAUGGAGAAAGAUAUUCACCAAGGUUUCCAGUCGCUUCUCACUGAAGUUAACAAACCUGGAACUCAGUACUUGCUCAGAACGGCCAACAGGCUCUUUGGAGAAGAGACAUAUGAUUUCCUGUCAACAUUUAAGGAAUCCUGCCUUCGGUUCUACCAUGCUGAGCUGGAGCAGCUCUCCUUUGCCAAAGCUGCAGAGAGGUCCAGGAAACACAUAAACACUUGGGUCUCAAAAAAGACUGAAGGUAAAAUUCGAGAGUUGUUGCCAGGUAACUCAGUCGAUCCACAAACCAGGCUGAUUUUUGUCAGUGCUGUCUACUUCAAAGGAAGGUGGAAUGAAGAGUUCAAUAAAACAUACACAAGGAAAAUGCCAUUUAAAAUAAACCAGAAGGAGCAAAAACCAGUGCAGAUGAUGUUUCAGGAAGCUACAUUUAAAAUCAGUUAUGUGAAAGAGGUGCAGGCCCAGGUCCUGGAACUGCCCUAUGCCGGGGAAGAGCUGAGCAUGGUCAUUCUGCUCCCCGAUGACAAUGUGGAUCUAAGCAUGGUGGAAAAGAAUCUCACCUUUGAGAAAUUUGUAGCCUGGACCAAGCCAGAUUGUAUGAGCAGCACUGAAGUUGAAGUCCUCCUUCCAAGAUUUACCCUGGAAGAGGAUUAUGACAUGGAAUAUGUGCUUCAAAAUUUGGGGGUAGUUGAUGCCUUCCAGCAGGGCAAGGCUGACUUUUCUGCCAUGUCGGCCAAGACAGACCUGUUCCUGUCGAAGUUUGUGCACAAGUCCUUCGUGGAAGUCAACGAGGAGGGCACGGAGGCCACAGCUGCCUCAGCCGCGGUGGUUGUGGAGUGCUGCCUGGAGGCCGGGCCCCGGUUCUGUGCGGACCACCCCUUCCUUUUCUUCAUCAGGCACAACACAGCCAACAGCAUUCUGUUCUGCGGCAGGUUUUCCUCUCCAUGAGGGAGUGUUUACCAAGCAUGAGAGCAUGUCCUCCUUCUGUGUCCCCAGCCCUACUCUAAAGCCCGGGGCAGAGAUGAGGGCAGGCACCUCACCAGUGUGAAGGAUCCGCCAGCACUAUUUCACUGUGCCCCUGCUCUGUCUCCACACACUGACCAUGCCCUUAUAUGACUCAGUCAAGAUCAGGGACAAUGGGCCUUAAUGACUCCCUGCUGUAUUUAAGAUGCAGUCCAGAUCAUGGAGGAUUCUUGGCAAAGCUUUCCCUUAUGGCCCCAAACUCUUUCUCCAUCCAUUCUGUGUAUAGUUGAUUCUAGUUACUCCGUACUUGUCCUUGUACUUCAGAUCUUGUCACAUACUUGCCUUAACCAUUUCAGGAGUAAUAAAAGCUGCUAGAUAUUACUAUUUUAUAGUUGUCCAUGGACUUUUUAAAAAAGUUACUUUAGUGCACAUUUUUAUUUUAUCAUUUUUCAGCAUUCACGGAUUAUCAGGUAUGUGCCAAACACUGCAUUAUACGCUGGAGACCAGAGGUCUUAUACUCUGACACCUAGCUUUAAUGUCUAUAGCUCUUGUGACAACCAGCUUGGACUCUUUGUAAUUAUUAAGGUUGUCUGUCAAUUUGGCUGGCCCAUGAUUCUCAGUAGUUUGGCAGUUGUAUAAUGAUGUAAUCACUUCUAAGAUGAGAUCUUAUAUAAUGUGAUCACCUCCAUGAUGGGAUCUGCUGUGAGUCACCAGUGAGUUGAAAGGGAGUUUCCUUGGGGUAUGGCCUGCAUCCAUUCUGGAAGGACUUUCUGUCAAGGCUCACAGACUUUUGCUGGCUAUGGAUCCUACAGCAGGCUCCUGCGCAUCUGACCUCUGAUUCUUGGGAUUUGAGCUAGCAUCUUGCCUGCCGAUGUUGGGAUUCUUAGCCUCUGUGGUCUGGAUUUUGAGUUUGCCAGCCCCCACAGCUAUGUGUAUCCAGAGAAGCCUCCAGCCUCACCCACAGACUUGUGACUUUCCACCCUCUACAACCCUGCGAGCCAUUUCCUUGAUGUAAAUCUCUCUCUGGUUUUGCUUCUCUAGAGAACCCAGCCUAAGAUAUUUGGUACCAAGAGUGGUUCUAGAGAAACAAAAAUGUAAAGAUAAACUUUCUCAAUUUGUUCUCAAGUUUGGUUAUUCUUAAAGACGAUGACUCUGCUUCUAGUGGUAAAGAGGGCACUGCUAAUCCAUGGUGUGAGGUGGCAAUAGAAAUAUGCAAAAUAUCAUCACCAAUAGAUCCCAUAUUGGUUAGAGGUGAGGCUGUGGGUGAUCGUAUGUUUGAUACUUUUCUACAAUUUGUCAUAAUGAGAAGUAUAAGGAAACUGGUUGAUCCUACUUUCGCUAGACAAAGUGGUGAAAGAAAGAGAUGAACUCAGGGCUUCAAAGUCAAAGCUCAAGCACUGCAUAAACAACCACAGAGUUUCCACUUGUGUCUUGAAAGAAAGCCUUAUCUCUUAUGGUAACAGAACUGAUAUUGCCGAAAACUAAACCCAGAGUCUUAUUGUAAGAGUGGCUGAAUUACAAGGCCAACUGAAUUCCUAACCUCAAGUGGUGUCUGAAGUUAAAGUGAGGGCACUGAUUGGGAAGAAAUGGAAUCUUGAAACUUGGGAUAGGGACAUAUGUGCAGAUAAUCAGUAAGCUGGGGACACUGAGUCCCUAAAUUCCAUUGAAUCAGCCCUUUCAACUGACCCUGCCCUCUUAUUCUCAUCUGAAGAAAUUACUUCAUCUUUGUCUGCUAAGCCCGCCUCCCCAGUGAAACCGUUAGUCCCUAAACCCCCAUCUGAUGAGAUUAUCCC